AUGUAUUAAUAAAAUCAGCCAGGCUAUUCGAUUAAUAUUUAAGUUUAUUGUAAACAAAUAAAUGGAUUACGUUAUGGAUUAAACUAUUAAUUAAUUGUGUUUACUAAGGAUCCUGAUGGAGUAUUUUAAGAAUUCAAAGUUAUUGAUGUAAAGAAAAAUCUUAAAAAUAGAAUUAUUCUAAUGAUCAUCAUGUAAUAUUUAAAUUUUAUGGUUUAAAAUAUUUAUUUGAAGUUAUUCAGCCUUUAAAAUUUGAUCUUUAUUAGGGUUAAUAAUUUAUAGGUUUAGAAUUUAUAGUAAAUUUAGGGUAAUGUUAAGCAAAUUUGGGAGAAAUAAUAGGAGAUAAAUAAAGAAUUUUUUAUUUAUCAGAUUUAAUGAAUUAGAGAAAUGGAAUGAUUUCUUUUAAAACUGAGAGGAGCAAAGAAAAUAUUUAAAAAAUAAAAUUUGAUGUAAAUAGGAAUUAUGAAUAAUUAGAUUUACUUACAAUUAAAUAAUUCUUUGUUUUAGUCCUUGUUAAGUUUAUUUAAAGAGUAAUAAUCUGUGUCACUGAUUUUAUAUAAAAAGAUCCCAAAUAAAUAAGUAAUACUUUAAACAGAAGCAAAACAAAAGUAAUUAUAAAUGAAUUGGAAGAGAAUAGAAACAUCCUUUGAAAUUCUUUGUGAUAAUGAUCCAUUAUAAUCAAUAUAUUGUGAAGGUAAGUGAAUAUAGUAUUUUAGUGAUUUAACAUGAAGGAUUUAAUUAAUAAAGUCUUGGUGAAUUUGAAUUUUGGAAAUACUAAAUAGAUAAAAAUGUGAAUAUGUUCAAUAUUACAAAUUUAAAUAAUGAAAUAAUAGGAAGAUCAAUGAUUGAUCAAUUUGAAUAUGAUGUUGAAGGUCAAUUUUAUAAUUUGAUAUGUAUAUAUCUUUUUCAUUUAAAUAUUUAUAGAAUAAGGAACUUAAUUGGCAUUGAUAAUAGCAAUAGACUUUACUGAGAGCAAUAAGAAUCCUUAUAAUGAUGAAUCAUUACAUUCAAUAAAAAAGGAGAGCUAAUAUUUAUAAGCAAUAGAAUAAGUGGCUAACAUUUUGAUGGAUUAUGAUAGUGACAAAAAGAUUCCUAUGUAUGGAUUUGGAGGAAUACCAAAUUAUUUAUAAAAUUAUAAUAAACAUUGUUUUCCAUUAUAAGGAGAAGCACAUAGUUUAGAUGAUAUCAAAAAAAUAUAUGAAUACUCUGUAAAAAAUAUAAAAUUUGAUGGACCUACUUGUUUUAAUCCUAUGAUAAGAUAAGCUAUGAAAUGGGCUUAAGAAGACUUAAAUGUAAAUGGUAAUUAAUAUUUUGUAUUGUUAAUAUUAACUGAUGGAAAAUAUAUGGAUGAGGAUUAAACUAUUGUCUCUAUAGUAGAUGCUGGAAAACUACCUUUGUCUCUUAUUAUUGUUGGUAUUGGAGAUUCAGCUGAUUUGAAAGCUAUGGAUAAAUUAGAUGGUAAUAAUGGAUUAUAAGACACUCUUGGUAGAUAAGCUUAGAGAGAUUUAGUUAAAUAUGUUCAUUACAAUUAAGUUAAGAAUGACCAAGGAAAACUAGCUAAAGAACUUUUGGAUGAAUUACCAAAACAAUUAGUUCUAUAUAAAAAUUAAAAAAAAUGA